AUGGCCGAGCAUGGUAUCGCAAACGGGACCAAUGGGAGUUUGAAGGUCCAGAAACAAUCGUUGUCAUAUUCUGUCGAGGGGAACAACAGCCGAGUAGAUACUCCUAGGGCACAGUCAAACAGCGAGCCUGACCCACGGCCAACCAAUGGAGACGAUGGCACAAAUGGUCAACGGAACCACGAUACAGCUUCAGCACACCACUUUGUCAAUGGUGGAUAUAAAAUGGACGGCUUGGAACGCGAGAAGGGACUUGGGAUACUAGUCGAGCAUUCACCAAGCAACGGAGAUAACCCUGGCCGAUUGUCGGUAGUGGAUGUGUAUAAUGGCCCUGAGGUCAAAGCUGCUUUGGCUGAUAUGUCUACUGAUCUGUCACACCAACUACCAACAGACAAAGAGAAGGUCAUGAAACUGUCUCCUGUGAAGAUCCAGGAGCUCACAUCCUCGCCAGAGUCAAUACCUUACCGUCCCGUGGGAUCAGAAACGAACACUGGAAGCCGGGUAGUCUCGGACACCGCCCAUGGGAAUGCUCCUCUCGCACAACUGGAUUUGCCGGAGUCUGUGCUUCAGUCACUGAGCGAAAAGUCAUCGCUUGCGGAGGUUUUGCCCAAAUUGCGGCCCAGUACAGAGGUGUUGCCGGGAGAUGCCUCUGCACCGGUGAGUCCAGCUUUGCCACGGAAUGCUCUGAAUUACACACUUCGCAAUCGGCCGCAGCCUGCUCGAACUGUUUCUACCCCGGGGUUCACGCGGCGUCAAUUGCCCGUUACUCCAGGCACUGACCGCUUAGCCCAGACAUGGGCAUCGCGCUCGAAACAUGAUCGGCCGGCGCUGGACCGCGACUUGAAAGGCCACCUUACUGCAUCACCUCAGAUCAUAGAAUCGCCUAAGUCUUCACCCUUGCCAUCAUCAAUCCCCUUGCCGCCAGUUUCACUUCCAACCUAUCUUCAGCUUGAGCUUGCUUCUGGUCGACCUUCGCCACUGUACAUUCACCGAGACGCAGCUAGUGACUUCCCUUAUGAAUCAUCGCGAGUGAAGAUCGAGAGGCUUAUGAACUUCAUUAUGCUUGCACCUAUGCUCGAGCAGGUACUUUGCUUUGGGAGUCUUGCUUGCCUUGAUGCAUGGCUUUACUCUUUCACCAUAAUGCCAUUGCGGUUUAUUAAGGCUGUAUAUAUCCUAGGGGAGUCUUGGGUGAUGAACCUAGGAGCUGAGAUCCGGUUUAUUUGGAAGUUUGUGAUGAAUGGGAUUGGUCGUGUAUGGCGCAGGAGGAAUCAUAAUGUGAAGGAGGAUCAACGUGGGAGACGCGAAAGCGAAUCUGAUGCCACUCCACAUGUGCCUCAGGGCUCCUCUGUGGGGCAAGACGCAGCGCCAAGAAGGAAACAUCGAUCCUCCGAAUCCCGCAAACACCACCAUCGGCGGAAGAAGUCGAUGCCCUCGGCACUACUUCCAGAUGACAAAGCAGACAUCUUGACAGGCCUGCUGAUGAUAGCUACAUGCUGUGUUUUGAUGUAUUUCGAUGCCAGUCGAAUGUACCACUGGAUUCGUGGACAGGCUGCUAUCAAGCUAUACGUUAUUUACAAUGUGCUUGAGGUUAGCGACAGGCUCUUGGCUGCCAUAGGUCAAGAUGUUCUCGAGUGCCUCUUCUCGCGUGAGGCCCUUGAGCGUCGCCCGGACGGCCGCAGCAAGAUCAUUCGUCCAUUCUGGUUGUUCCUGGUGGCACUAGUUUACACAGUAUCCCAUGCGUUAUCUCUGUUCUACCAGGUCAUGACUCUGAAUGUGGCAGUGAACUCAUACUCCAACGCCCUGAUCACGCUACUUUUAUCAAACCAAUUCGUGGAGAUCAAGUCCACCGUCUUCCGCAAGUUCGAGAAAGAAAACCUCUUCCAGCUUACCUGUGCGGACGUGGUAGAACGGUUCCAGCUGUGGCUGAUGCUUACUAUCAUCGCUUCGCGUAACAUCGUGGAAACAGGGGCAUUCAAUUUCAUCGGCAAUCUAGGACUAGGAUCCAGUUUCCCCGGCCAAUCCUCCACAAUCACGAACAGCACACCACUAUCCACGCCCCCACGUACUGCAUCGUCCAUCCUACCCCAAGCAUUCACUCUAUUCCCAUCCUCAAUCCUAGCCUCAUUCAACAGCGUCAACUCCUUCAUCCCAACUCUAGCCCAAGUCCUAGGCCCAUUCUUAGUCGUCCUAGGCUCCGAGAUGUUGGUAGACUGGCUGAAACACGCCUACAUCAACAAAUUUAACAACAACCGCCCAGCAAUCUACAGCCGCUUCCUUGAUGUCCUAGCAAAGGACUACUACACCAACGCCUUCGGCGAACAAAACCUAACCCGUCGCAUCGGCCUACCCGUCAUCCCCCUCUCCUGUCUCUUCUUCCGAGUCUCCGUCCAAACCUACCAAAUGUUCCUAGCAGCCCUCCUCCCCCAACACCCCUCCUCAACAGCAAACGGCGCAACAUCCCUAACCUCAAUCCACAACCACUACGCUCCCUCCCCAGUCCCCUCCGCCCCACCCUUAACACUGGCAACUCUCCUCCCCGCCUCAGCGGCCCACGUCAGCGCGCUCUUCCGCACUCUCCUCGAAAACGCAAUCCCAUCUCCAGCCCAGUCCGUCCAUAUCUUUACCGGUAUCCUGCUAUUGACUGGAUUCAUCGUUUUACUCAUUCUGAAACUCCUGUUGGGCAUGGUUUUGCUUGCGUUUGCGCGUUCCCGGUACAGGAAGAUGAAGGCUCGGGAGAGUGAGCGCCGACAGUCGAGUCAUUCCGGGACGGAGAGUGGUGCACCCCGUUCUCGUGAUUUUGAUGUUGAGGGUAGUCAGCGUGUUGGCGGGUGGGGUGUUGUUGAAGUUGGGGAUGAGAAGAGGAGGUUGAUUUAUGCGGAUGACCCGGAUGGAUUGCGGAGGGUGAAGGAGAAGGAAGAGAAGGAUAAGAGUAAGGAUGGGGAGUUGAAUGUUGAUCAUGUACAGCGGUAUGAGAUGAUUGCGAAGAAGAUUUGGUGA